UCAACACUAGCGGGUCAGUCAAACCGUAUACCUCAAGAUGCCGACCCGAUUCUCUAACACCCGAAAGCACCGUGGUCACGUUUCUGCUGGUCACGGACGAGUGGGAAAGCACCGUAAACAUCCUGGUGGUCGUGGUUUAGCUGGUGGUCAACAUCAUCACCGAACAAAUUUCGAUAAGUACCAUUAUGGUUACUUCGGUAAAGUUGGUAUGAGGUACUAUCACAAGACCAAGAACCAAUACUGGCGACCAGUAAUCAACUGCGACAAGCUAGCUUCAUUAUUGCCAGAGGAUCAGCGGAAACCCGUAGGUGACAAGGUCCCAGUCAUCGACACCACAGCCCAUGGAUUCGGUAAAGUUCUUGCAAAGGGACGUCUACCUUCAACACCUUUCAUUGUCAAGGCCCGGUUUGUAAGUAAGAGGGCUGAGGAAAAAAUCAAGGAGGCCGGCGGUGUUGUUGUAAUUGAAGCAUAAACUAUGUCACUUCGCCUUGUCCUUCGUGUAUGCCGAACGGGUUCCCCGCAUGCAAUGACUUCAUCCUUUUCUUUCCA